AUGGAUAUGGAUAUAGUGAACAUAAGGAAAAUCAGGGCCAAGGCCCACGCUAUGGGCCGUCGCGAUUCGGGUGGUAGUGCUCGAUUUAACCCCUUUAGACACAUCGCCUAUGGAAAUCCGAAACGAGCAAGCACGGUGGACGCAGCGGAACGAGGAAUGGCGAAUGGCGAAGGUGACACGGCACGACUUAAUCCGUCUACAAGCGCGCCGGGACGUCUCUUAACCCCGAUCCAGCAGUCGUCGAGGAACAGCAAGGAACUUGAUGGUGCUCAUGGUGAUCAAGGCGAGGUAUACGAAUCCCAAGCGCCCACUGUUGGGAAUGAUGGCGAUGUGAAUAGUAUCGUUCGACAUCGUGGCUCCCAAGAGGAAACUACCACUGGGCCAGAAAUUUCCGACGUGGAAGAAAAGCCGAAGAACAGCAACAAGAGAACUGCUAGUGAUGGCUUCUUCAAGCACAUCGAACCAGCCGAGCCUUUCACGGCCUGGAAUCAGAUCCAACGCGUCUUCUUCUGUUCGCCCAUCAAUAUCUUAUUGUUGGCAGCACCGGCAGGCAUUGCUCUUCACUUCCUAAAUUUUGAUGGCAGGGUUGUAUUUGGUGUCAAUUUCGUGGCCAUCGUUCCGCUCGCUGCGAUGCUAAGCAACGCUACUGAAGAGAUCGCUAUGCGUACUGGAGAGGUUCUUGGUGGUCUCAUCAACGCGUCUUUCGGAAACGCCGUGGAACUAAUCGUAGCCAUUAUCGCUCUCACCCAAAAUCAGAUCAAGGUUGUCCAAACAUCUUUGGUUGGCAGUAUUUUGUCUAAUCUGCUUCUUGUUCUUGGAUUCUGUUUCUUCUGUGGAGGCAUCAACCGACGCGAGCAAUUCUUUAACACGACCGUAGCCCAGACAGCCGCCAGUCUUCUGGCUCUAGCAGUUGGAAGUCUUAUCGUGCCGACCGUCUUCGCCCACACCGAUGACUUGAACUCUGGCGAUAUUGUUCUCAGCCCCACCGCAGUCCCCAGUCUGUCUCACGGUGUCGCCCUGAUCUUGCUGAUCGUCUAUGCCUCUUAUCUAUUCUUCCAGAUGAAGACGCAUGUUACUCUCUUUAAUGAAGAGAGUCAGAAAGUCGCAGGCAAGCCGAUCUUCAAGAAGAACCUACCAGAGAACGCCAUUGCUUCCGGAAUUGCUAGGGCAGGCGCCACUCAUGCUGGUGUUCGUGACGAGAACGGGAAAUUGGGUGAGAUGAUGAUAAAUCCUAUCGGCAGCGAGGAAGAAGAGGAGGAAGGUCCGCAGCUCAGCUUUGUUGUUGCUUUCGCCACCCUCAUUGGUGCUACUGUCAUUAUUGCACUCUGCGCCGAGGGUAUGGUCAGUGGUAUCGAAGCCAUCACCGCUUCCGGUGCCGUCAGCGAAGAAUUCGUUGGUCUCAUUCUCCUCCCGAUCGUCGGAAACGCUUGCGAACACGCUACUGCUGUCACCGUUGCCAUUAAGGAUAAGAUGGAUCUUGCUAUUGGAGUUGCCAUUGGAUCUUCUAUGCAGGUUGCCCUUCUUUUGAUUCCGUUACUUGUCAUCAUUGGCUGGGGUAUGGGCAACCAAGAUAUGACUCUCGCUUUCGACACUUUCCAGGUCAUUGUACUAUUUGUCUCGGUGCUUCUCGUCAACUAUUUGAUCGGUGACGGAAAGAGUCACUGGCUUGAAGGCCUUAUUCUGAUCUGUCUAUAUGCCAUUAUAGCUACAUGCGCGUGGUUCUACCCCGUCAUCCCCGACGGCUCAACAGGAUAG